AUGCUCGAAUAUGAAGAUCACGAAACGAUUUCGCAGACGACUUCACUCGAACCGCCUCGCCCAACCCCAAACCACCCACACACCGCCAAAAUGUCCAACGUCUCUGCUGAUCUCAUCUGGGAGGUUACCCGCCUCCAGAACGCCUUCCUCGUGAAGCGCAAGGAGAGCGGUGGUAUCCAGUUCUCCCGCGACCCCCUCAACCUCACCAACGUCCACUCCCGCAAGUACGCUGGUUACGUCAACGACAAGGCUAUCGGUGUCGUUGCCGGUGAGAACAACACUAUCCAGGUCAUCUCCAAGAAGGUGUCCGCUGGCAACAAGCCCGCCUCCGGCAGAACCGUCUCUACCAUUGGCGCCUCCAAGGCCAACCGCAAGACCUACAAGUCUAUUGCCAAGCAGACCGCCAAGUACCGUGGCGAUCUCCGCCAGGUCGCCGUUGCCCGCGCCUCCGCCAUCCGUGCUUCUCAGAGACCCGUGAAGCCCUCCCCCGAGCCCAAGCUCCGUGGCAACGCCGCCAAGAAGGCCGCCGAGAAGUCCGAGUAA